CCGAAGUGCCGGGAGAAAACCCAUGCAGGCACAGGGAGAACAUGGAAGCUCCACACGUGAAGUUGAACCCUGGUGCUCAGAACUGUGAGGCCAAUCCUCUACAGCUGCCCCACUGGUUUAAUAUUUUGCCAUUUCCCUCCUAUGCCCAUCUGUAGUUGUGCUGCUGGAUUCUUCCUACACAGGAAAGAUCCGUUAGUGUUGCAGCUUUUGGUUUUGUUAUAUGUAUAGUGAAAAUUAUGUAGGAAUUGUCCCAAUAAAAAAAAAAAAAAGUAAAAGAAAAAAAAAGGAGAAAAAAAUCCACCUGAAAUGGACUGGCCAUUGAGGAAUUAUCCUGGUUCCCACUCCACGAUCAUGGGUUAAUUUUUGGGAUGGUGAAGGGCAAUCUGUGUAUACAGCCUAGAGUUGUCCAAUCCAAUAAAAUAGAAUAAUACACUUAGAAACCACAUAUAAGUAAAUGUUUUGCUUUGCUCUAUUUGUGAUACAAUACUACAAUCUAGAGCCCUUUAUUGUACAAGAACUGAUGUCAAUGUAAUAAUCUUCUCCUCAUGGUUGACAGUCCUGCACAGACGCAUACACAGGUUACACACAAAAUAAAUCUUCCUAUUUGGAGCCUUAGAGCGAGCAAGCGUCAGGAGGAGUGAGCGCCCAUGACGCAGAUAGCCAGAAGAGUGCAGAGAAGGAAUGUUAAAGACCAUUUUGACACAGCCUUCAAAUCGGGUGGCAGCAAGAAACUUUGACAACCUUGUCCAAGAAGAAAAGGCAGCAAAGAUGUGUUUAGGCCUUUAAUAUAUUUAAGCCAUUGUUGAGCCCUCUAGGAGACAAGAAUAUUUAUUUGUGUAUUGAUGUUAGUGUAACCCUAGUGUGUAAAUGCAUCUGGAAAUAUGAACGUGUUGCUGUAGGUUGUUGUGUUCGAAAGAGAAGGCUGUGUUAGUGUUCAUUAUGCUGGAGGAGGGCAUUAUGAACUGUACCAUCAGCCAUGAAAUCCAUCAAUACGUCUUCUGCUUUGUGUAUAUCGUCGUACUAUUGGUGGGUGUUCCCUCCAACCUGUACUCCCUGUACCACGCAACACUGCAGCUAAAGCAAAAGAAUGAGCUUGGGGUUUACUUGAUAAACCUCACUGUGUCUGAUCUAUUAUACCUGGCAUCAUUACCACUCUGGCUCCAGUACUUUUUUCAGGAUGAUGAUUGGCAACACAGGGAAUGGCUGUGUCAGUUGUGUGGCUUUCUUCUCUAUGAGAAUAUCUACAUCACCAUUGGCUUCCUAUGCUGUAUAAGUCUGGAUCGAUACCUAGCUGUUGUGCACCCUUUGAGGUUCACCUCCCUCCGCUCUCUGAGUGCAGCUUGUCUUUUUAGUGUCAUCAUCUGGUUUAAGGAGAUUGCCGUUGGCGUGGUUUUCUUCCAUCACAAAGAGUUGAGCAAAAAUCCCAACAACCAAUCAGUGUGCUUUGAGCACUACCCCAUGCAGCCUUGGGAGUAUCCAAUAAACUACUACCGCAUCACCGUUGGUUUCAUGUUCCCGCUGGCCAUCCUACUGAUCAGCUACCUCUGUGUGCUUCGGGCUGUUGGCCAGAGUGCAGGCACACAGCCAGAUCAGAAGACCAGAAUCCGACAGUUAGUUAGCUGUACGAUCCUCAUCUUCCUAGUUUGCUUCUCCCCGUACCAUGUUUUUCUGUUAGUACGCACUGUGCUGGAGAGAGACUGCAACUUUAUUGCAGGGAUUUUCAACUUUUACCACCUAGCACUGUUGCUGACCUCUUUCAACUGUGUGGCGGAUCCUGCUCUUUACUGCUUUGUCAGCGAAAGUGCCCGGAGGGAUCUUUCCUGGGCUAUUUUUCGACCUGUGACAAGAGUUUUCUGUUGCUGCCUUGGGAGCUGCAGUUCCAGUCCCACCAGGUCUGCGACAGAUUCCCACAAUGUUCUCACUGAGAUAGAUCACAUUGGCAAGAACUACAGAAAAACAAUUCUCAUCGCAGUGGAUGAUAAAAAACAAAAUGCCAACCAAGGAAAGACUGGAGGAGAGCCGAUAGACGAAAAAUAUUUUGGGUUUUGAGGGCAAAAUGCAUCCAAAGAACAAGCUGUCAUACCUCUGUACCAUGCCAGUGACCAUUGCUAAUGUAUUGCAUUCAGUCUUUAUUUUUAGGAGGAAUAGGGGUGACAUUGAAGGCCAGAAACUCGCUAGCCCUCAACCGAUUUAACAGAGCUCUAAAUGCAGUGCUUCCUAUAUUUUGUACAUGAAAAGACUUACACAUCUUUAACACUGUGCACGUUAAGAGACUUUGUGUUUGUACUUC